AUGGCAAACAAUGCUGAAAAUGUUCCUCGCUGGUUGUGGUUAGCUUUCGUAGCUGGUAUCAUAGGAGCAUUGCUCCUUGUCAUUCUUUUGCCUUUUUCAUUUUCUUAUCUUGAUUAUUAUCAUUAUGGUUUUCUUCGUCGACAUACCACAGGCCGUGUUAAUCUUGAGCGAGUUUAUGAAGGUGGCCGAUAUUUAGUUGGACCAGAUUAUCAUUUUAAAAAAUUCAAAGCUACAGCCCAUCAUGUCAAUUUUAAUCGUAUAUCUGUUUUCACAACUGAUAAUUUAGAAGUGCAUUUGACAAUUACAUUUCAAUUUUUCCUAAUUCGAGAUGAUUUGCCAUUACUUCAUGCAGCUUACGAUAUCUAUUAUGAACCUAUUAUUGUAUCGAAUGCAAAAGAAGCUAUAAUAUCAACAUGUUCUCGUUUUGAUACUGAUGAGUUUAUAAAUGAUCGAGAAAAAAUUUGGCGAGAAAUUUACUAUGGCGUUAAACGUCAAUUAGGUGGCUCAUGUUGUAUUCCAAAUUGUAAACGUAAUUGUCCGAAAUGUUCAAUACAUGAACGGUGUGUUGUUGGAUGUAGAUCACGUGAAGAAGGUUGCAAAAAAGAAGAGAAGGGCUUCUUUGCUGAAGUGCGAUAUCUUCAAUUACAUGAUAUUGAUGUUCCCGAUCGUGUUAUGGAACGACGUUUACUUGGUUUGGUUCGUGAUUUAGAAAAAGAACGAGAAGAAUAUAUCAAUCAAGAAGCUCUUGUGAAAAAACAAACAGAUAUUUUAGUGAAUCAAUUUCGUAAUAAUGCAACACAAUCUGUUGCUAUAUCUGAUGCUCAAGCUCAAUUGAAACGUGAACGAGCUAAAGCUGAUGCACUUAAACGCGUUGAAAUAUCUCGUAUUGACGGUUUAGCAUCGAUGUGCUCAACAUUAGGUAUUACACAAGCUAAACAUAUCAAUUCACUUCAAUAUUUACGCGCAUUGAAAGACUCGUCUGAUAAUGUGAAGUACUCCAUCGAUUUUUCACAUGCUAUAGCUCAGCAGCAACCAAAAUUACCUGCUAGUUCAACAUAA